AUGCGGCAAACCUUACCCCGAUGGGUGAAGAGAGACACGGCUACAACGCCAAGCCCGCCUCCUCCUCCUCACUCACCUCCUCCCGUCUGCAAUACACAUUCCCAGGUGGUUAUCACCUUCUCGGGAAAAAGAGUGAAGAGAAGAUUUCCUAAAUAUCCUCUGCUUUCUCCACCACCGCAUUGGUUAUACGACAUACAAAUGUUGGCGGAAAUGACUUCAGUCCUCCAGUCUGAAAGCAAAAGCGACUAUCUCUAA